AUGGACAAAUUCAAGAGCGUCGCCAAAGGAGGCUGGCAUCCUGAGAAGAGUCGCACUAACAGUGGGAGCGGUGGAGGUGGAGCGAGCGACUCGAAGCUUACACAGGUAAAAGGAUGGGUUGGGAAGGCACAGGGUAAAGACGCCCAUGCAGAAGCCGCCCGCGAUCACCAGUCAGCACCACUGUCAUCCCUGAAAGACCCCUCGCAGUUUGCGCCGCCGCCCAAGAGACUCGACUACAGCGGCGGUUCGGCAGCAUCUGCACCAUCCGGACCGUCGUCUGCGCCUGCUGGGUCGGCAAAGCAAAGACUGCAGGAGCGAGAAGAGGCUCGCAGGAGGGAGGAGGAAGAAGCAAACAGACCAGCCCCAGGGCCAUACCGACCCGACACGACAGGGUUGAGCACAGCGCAUCUGCCCAAGCCUCCUGCGUUCAGACCUGGCGCUGCGACACCACCGACUACAGGUGCCGCCAAACCAAAGCCCAGCCUGCCCCCACGGCCUCCACUACCACCGCGCCAGAACUCGAACCCCGAUGAAUUCGCACCGGCUCCUCCACCUACCUAUAAUGAGGCGACCCAAGAGGCAAGACCUGAGCAGGGAGUGCUGAACCAAGGUGCUCUGGGUCGCCUGGGUCAAGCAGGUGUCUCGGUGUCGGGCUUUGGUAUCGGACGGACAGCUUCUCCUCCAGUACCGCCUCGCGCAAACCCAUCACCGCCCGUCCCACCGCGACAGAACUCAAGCUCGAGGGCUGUCCUACCACCUCCCGCCCCGCCUAGUCGCGGCUCACAAAUGAACGAGCUGCAGAGUAGGUUCGCAAGUAUGUCUGGACCGAAAUCACCAGCAGCUCCCCCAGCCACUGGCACGUCGUGGGCAGACAAGCAGGCAGCACUGCGGACCGCCAGCAGUCUACGCGAUGACCCAUCCAAGGUAUCAGCUUCAGACUUGAAAGGAGCUGCAUCGACUGCCAACAACUUCCAGCAGCGGCAUGGAGAUCAGGUCGCGUCUGGGUGGAAGUCGGCCAACUCCAUAAACCAAAAGUACGGCAUUGCUGGCAAGAUGAACAACCUCGCAUCGUCGAGUGCAUCCCCAGGCCCAGCGCAGUCGUCGUCGCAAAGUAGUGCGGGAGGCCUAGGAAAAAAGGCACCGCCUCCGCCACCGCCCAAGAAGAAGGAAUUGAGCGACGGCUCGGGUGAACCACCGCCGAUUCCUCUGAGCAGCAAGCCGAAGUUUUGA